AUGUUCGGCAAUAUCAGGUCACUUGCGUACCACCAACCCAAAAAAGAGGAUCCAUAUUUGGUUGUUCCAGAGGGAGUUGACGACGACGACGACAAUGACGAGAGAGAAGAGCUACAGAUUUUAUCCACCGAUAAUCUUCUAUUGGGUGCCAAGGUGGAGGAUGAGGUCGCACAGUUGGAAGUCUAUGUAUACGAAGACGAGGCAGAUAACCUUUACGUGCACCACGACAUCAUGCUGCCCGCGAUCCCAUUGUGCUUGGAGUGGUUAGAUAUACCCGUUGGCAGGAACUCAGAAAAUAGAUCCUACGGCAACUUUGUCGCAGUAGGCACGAUGGAACCGGAUAUCGAAAUUUGGGACCUGGAUAUCGUGGAUUGCAUGUAUCCAAACGCCAUCCUGGGCCAAGGCGGCCAGGAUGGAAACUCGGAGACCGGCGUGAAAAAGAAGAAGAAGAAGAAAAAGGUUAAGAAAGCGAAUGACGAGUAUCAUGUGGACUCAGUCCUUGCAUUGGCAGCGAACAGACAACAUCGAAACCUGCUCGCGUCAGCUUCAGCCGAUCAAACUGUAAAGUUAUGGGACCUGAACACGACCAAAUGUGCCAAAUCCUAUGCCAACCACAGUGAUAAAAUUUGUGCCUUGGACUGGCACCCGAAAGAAUCAACAGUCUUGUUGAGCGGAAGCUACGAUAGGACUGUUGUGGCUGCCGACAUGAGAGCUCCGGACGCAAAGGCCGCGAAGUGGCGGGUUGAAAGCGAUGUCGAAACCGUCCGAUGGGACCCUCACGACCCCAAUUUCUUCUACGUCACAACCGAUGGUGGGAUGGUAUACUGCCACGACGUCCGACAAGUGUCCGCUAUGCCGGAAAACACGAAGCCAGUAUGGAUGCUACAAGCGCACGAUUCCUCCGUUUCAUCCUUUGACAUCAACCCUACCAUCCCCGGCUUCCUUGUCACCGGCUCCACCGAUAAGCAAGUCAAACUCUGGAACGUGCAAGAUAGCAAACCCAAUUUGGUUGUCUCACGGAAAGUUGAAGUUGGCAAGGUCUUCUCCACCACGUUUGCGCCAGAUCAAGAGGUCAGUUUCCGCCUCGCGGUUGCGGGAAGCAAAGGGGUGGUACAGAUCUGGGAUACAUCUACGAAUGCCGCUGUGCGCAGAACGUUUUCUUCGCGCUUGGGGAGUUCAUUGGCAGGGGAAGUGAAGGAGCGAAUGAUUGGCAUUUCGCAGAAUGACAGCAGUGACUCUGAUGACUCGGGUGUGGCUGAGGGGGAUGGAGAUAUUGGUCGGGAUGGAUGGGAGUCCAUGGACGAGGAUUAA